GAAUGACUCAGCCCCUACUAGAUUGCAUAUACUCAGACAAUGACAUGAAAAUGUCCGGCAAGAUAGAAUGGACACAAGAGGCAGAAGCUGCAUUUGAAAGGACUAAACAGUGUCUCGUAGGGUCAUCAGUGUUAGCAUUACCAGACUAUGAAAAACCAUUUGUACAAACAGUUGACUGCAAAAAAGGGUUUAUGACAUCAGUAUUGGCACAAAAACACGGCACAAAACUAAGGCCUGUCGCUUACUACUCUAAAAGGUUAGACCCAGUAGCACAAGCAUUACCAGUAUGCGUACAAGCAGUAUGUGCGGCAGCAAUGGCGGUACAUUGUACAGCAGAAAUAGUUUUGUUCCACCCACUCACACUGAUGGUUCCACACGCAGUCACCAUGUUGUUACAUGACACCAAAAUGGCUUUCUUAUCACCUGCACGUUAUUUGGCACUGACAGCUACACUAAUGUCACAACCACACAUUGUGAUAAAAAGAUGUAAUAUCUUAAAUCCAGCCACAUUAAUACCUACAGCAGAAGAUGGAGAACCACACUGUUGUAAAGAAGAGACUGACAGAACAUGCAAACCAAGACCAGAUUUGAAAGACAUACAACUACUCAGUGGCGAAACAUGGUUUGUGGAUGGGUCCUGUUCUAAAUCUAUAACAGGCCAAAAUCAAACAGGGUUUGCAGUUGUAUCACACUCACAGGUCAUAAAAGCAGGCCGACUCCCCCACACAUAUUCUGCACAAGCAGCGGAAUUAGUAGCUCUUACAGAAGCAUGCAAAGCGGGGGUUGGAAAAGAUGUGACUAUGUGGACAGACAGCCAGUAUGCGCACUCAACAGUACAUAUAUUUGCAGCCCAAUGGGCCCGCAGGGGCAUGAAAACAUCAACAGGAAAACCAGUCACCCAUGCACAGCUGCUGACUGAUCUUUUAAAAGCGGUGUUGUUGCCGAAAAGCAUUGCUAUAUGCAAAUGCGCUGCGCACACCAGUGGGAAGGAUGCAGUAACACUUGGCAAUGCACACGCGGAUAAGGUAGCGAAGCUAGCAGCUAUGGGCGAAUAUGGGUUCCAUAUCCUCUUGCAGAAGGGGGAAAGUGUUUCACAACCAAUACCUCUUGUGAUAUUAAGGGAUAUGCAGAACAACGCACCCGACAGAGAAAAGAAGAAAUGGUUGACAGAUGGAGCAACCACAGACCCUGAGGGAACAUUCAGAAUAAACAACAAGAUAGUACUCCCUGUUAGUCUCUACAAAACAGCAGCUCAUUUGAGUCAUGGGCCGUGCCAUGUCUCAACAGGAGGGAUGGUGACAAUAAUAAAUGAACAUUUCCAUACAUACAACUACAUUACAUUUUCUAAAAACUUUUGUAGAGCCUGUGUAGUAUGUUGCAGACACAAUGCUCAAGGCAAUGAGCGACCACAGAGAGGAAAGUAGAAACAUGCAUGAGAAUCACGCCCACGGCAAAAGGGUUGUCUCCCUUUGAGAUCAUAACAGGAAGGCAAUUCAGACUACCAAUCACAGACGAGGUGAGGGAGGAGGAUGAUGCUGAGGCAGGGACUACAUUAGCUGAAUGGAUGAGCAGACUCUUCAGAAGCAAUGAGAUAGCUCGAACAAAUAACCUGCCAGACAUUUCUACUCCCUUGCAGGACACUCGAGUGCAGACUGGUGACCAGGUCCUCGUGAAGGUGAUUAAGAGGAAGCAUUGGCACUGUCCACGGUGGGACGGUCCCUACACGGUACUGCUGACAACACCGACUGCACUAAAAAUCGCCGAAAGAACUACGUGGAUACAUCAGAGCCACUGCAAAAAGAUAAUACCUCUCCAACUUAACGAUGGAUAAGUGGUGGAAGUCCGGCUACAAAGGGCGGUGUUUCAUUAGGAAAUACUGGUCUCAACCCCGGUGAAGAAAACAACAGAACCACUAUCACAAAUAGACUAUGUUGGGAAAGGUGUUGUUUGUAGUGACCCUGCUGGGUCUGACGCUAAUGACUAUAAGACAAUUGAGUGAGGAAUCCUCAACAAAAAAAAAGGUCCAUCGAGAGAAAAAAUGGUCAUUACUCAACGAUGACCCAUGGAACCACAACGACAAAACUGCACGCUCACCUAGGAUGACAAAUGCCUGGUAUGCCUAUGUCCAUCAACUUGUUACAAAGACAGGGCGUUCAAAUUGUUAUGUUUGUUCCCACAUGCCAUGGUCAACUGGACAAGUAACUCUGUAUGGUAAAAGGAUGAGUAAAUCACAAGCUAAAUGUUUUGCUACCAUGGGAGGUGUAGGAUACCAGCACUCAGGGAUAAAAGUCAACGAUGUGAAUCCAUAUGCCCCAGGUUUAAGCAAUGGCACUUGUAAUAAGAUAUUUUGGGUGAACUUUAACAUGACAGUGCCACGUAAAAUGACAGGACAAAAGGUAGUCAUGCCAAAUAAUGAAGCUAUACACCCUAUGUGUUACAGUCAGACAGAAGGUUCUGUACCAAUGGGAAACACCACUGGUUGUAACCAGACACUUGUUAAUGGCGAAGGGGCUCCAGUCUAUUUGAGCAAACAAUCUAAUGGUACAUGGUGGGUACAAGGAGGAUGGUGGCUGUGUGGCAACAACGCUUAUCCAGUUCUGCCAAUAAAUUGGACAGGCACGUGCGCACCAAUAUUUGUUAGCGACCACACCUUCGUGAUAGACAUAGAACCACACCUUAACCACACCCGCAGGAGGAGAAAUGCCAUGCCUGCCUUCAAAAAACAUGAUUCAGUAUGGGGAAAAGAUGUCCCUGAUGAAUUCAAACACUGGUCCACCAGUGGAAAGGUAAUAUUAGCAUUGACUCCUGCCUUAGGCGUAGCGAAGAACAUGUUGAGACUCGAAACCCUUGAUUACCGGUUCGGCAUGUUUGUAAAUAAUUCCAUCGUUGUAAACGAACAACAGAACCUCGAACUAGACUCACUCAGAACCAUGGUGCUACAGCACCGCAUGGCCCUUGAUCUACUCACUGCCUCAGUAGGAGGUACGUGUAUCCUUUUGAACACAAUCUGUUGUACAUAUAUCACCGACAAUGUCCACUCCCAAAACAUGACAGAUGCAAUGGCUACUCUCAAAGCCCUACAGACAGCUAUGGGCCAAGACAGACAUGCCUCUCUUGAGACCGGAUGGUUCAAUUGGCUACUCUCAGGGAGCUGGGUUCAAAAGCUCGUGAUGGGAUUUGUUGCAAUCAUAUGUGUUGUCAUCCUUGUGUGCUGUGCUAUGGCUUGUAUUAUACCAUGUGUUAAAGCUAUGGUUGGUAAAAUAGUUACCAACACUCUUGUCCAAUAUACGAUGUUGCAACAGACAGAUAACGAUGACUAUACUGACACAGACCCCUCUCAGAAGGACGAAUAUACUCACCUAACCUCCAAUGUGUAAGACUUAAAGCUAGGUUACUGUCUGUCAUAUGACGAAUGGUUCGAAAAUGUCAAAAACAAGUGAAUUAAUUCUGAAAGUAAUAAAGACACUGUAACCAGCUAGUAAUUAUGAAAAACAGGAGGGAAUGUUAGAGUUUAUUGAAGGAUAAACGUGUUUUCAUAAUAUGUUGUCAUUUUAUGUUGUAAAGAGACCAUAGUCAGAAAAGAGGAACAGAGAAUAGUCUGUUCCCCUUUUCUGUGGACCAUACACACACACACACACAUGAUUGCGAGUCACAAGACAAUUGACAAAUUGUCAAUUGCCAUUGACAAAUAAAGCCGUUGGUUACAUACACUUCCUCAUGCAUGAUUUGUAACUGUAUUUUUGUAAUAAAGAGACUGCACUGAGAGAAGAGGAGCAGAGUUGGUUUUGGAGUUGACAUGACCUGUCACUCGCUGAUUCUCCUUGCAGCAAGUAAACUUGAAA